UCAAGGAGGAAUCCUUCAUGUGAGUUAACGCCGCUCCUCUGUGCGUUUGUCGUCGAAGGACACCUGGACCUGCAGAUCCGGAUCUGACUGAGGGACGGAGCGGCUGUGUUUGCUCCCCCCCCCCUCCGCUGAACCCACAGACUACAGGCUCCAGCAGCCUCCUUUAUCUCCAGUCAGGCCAGUGAACCGCUACCUCACACCCAGCAGAGAUGGCUCCCUCCCUGGCCACAGCCUUCUCCCGCCGCUGGUGGAUGGCGGUGACGGCGGUCAUCGAGAACCUGCUCUUCUCUGCCGUGCUGCUCGGGUGGGGAUCCCUGCUCAUCAUGCUCAAAUCUGAGGGCUUCUACUCGUACCUGUGCAAAAGACCAGACAACAGCUCCAGCUUCAACAUCUCGAACGCGUCCUCCCCUGAGAAUCACGCCACAGAGGAGGAGGAGGAGUACCUGGACAUGAACGGCUGGCCGAUCUGCAAGGACCAGGAUGAGAUGCUGAACCUGGCCUUCACCGUGGGCUCCUUCCUGCUGUCGGCCAUCACUCUGCCCAUGGGCAUCGUCAUGGACAAAUAUGGACCACGGAAGCUGAGGCUUCUGGGCAGUGCCUGCUUCGCCUUUUCCUGCCUGCUCAUCGCCUACGGAGCCAGUGAUCCCAACAAUCUGUCCAUACUGAUCUUCUUCGCUUUGGCAAUGAAUGGGUUCGGAGGCAUGUGCAUGACCUUCACUUCUCUGACGCUCCCCAGCAUGUUUGGAGACCUGAGGUCGACCUUCAUCGCCCUGAUGAUUGGAUCCUACGCCUCCUCUGCCGUCACCUUCCCCGGCAUUAAGGUGAUCUAUGACCUGGGUGCCACCUUCAUCUCCAUCCUGGUGGUCUGGGCCGGCUGCGCCUGCCUCGUCUUCCUCAACUGCUUCGUCAACUGGCCUCUGGAGCCCUUCCCCGGCCCGGAGGACAUGGAUUUCACGGUGAAGAUCAAGUUCAGCUGGCUGGGCUUCGACCACAAGAUCACAGGGAAGCAGUUUUACCGGCAGGUGACCACCGUGGGGCGCCGCCUCAGUGUGGGCAACUCCAUCAAGCAGCAGCACCAGCCGACCAAAGACCUGGCCACGCAGGAGGCCAGCAAGCUGUGCCUGUCCACCGUCGACCUGGAGGUCAAGUGCAAGGGCCAGGAGGAGACUCAGUCCUUCAUGAAAAGUAUCUUCAGUCCCAUCUUCCUGCUGAGCCUCAUCACCAUGUGCGUGACCCAGCUGCGCCUCAUCUUCUACAUGGGAGCCAUGAACACCAUCUUGGAGUCCCUGACAGAGGGAGACCUGAGCACAGUGGAGAGGAUGCAAGUGGUGAGUGUUUACACGUCCAUCUUUGGCGUGCUCCAGCUUUUGUGUCUGGUCACCUCUCCCGUGAUCGGCUACGUCAUGGACUGGAGGCUCAAAGACUGCGAGGACGAGAAUGACAAGAGUGUCAAGAGGGAGCCUGGUCAGCCCCGUCGCCCCGACAAACAGAUCCAGAAGAUCGUCAACGCCACCAGAGCCUUCAUUUUCACCAACCUGCUCCUGGUUGGCUUCGGAAUCACCUGCAUCAUCCCCAACCUUCCUCUUCAGAUUCUGUCCUUCAUCCUGCACACCAUCGUCAGAGGCUUCAUCCACUCCGCAGUCGGAGGCCUCUAUGCUGCUGUGUACCCGUCCUCUCAGUUUGGCAGCCUGACAGGGAUGCAGUCUCUGAUCAGCGCCCUGUUCGCCCUGCUGCAGCAGCCUCUCUUCAUGGCCAUGGUGGGACCCCUGGAAGGAGACCCUCUCUGGGUGAACGUGGGCCUGUUGGUGGUGAGCAUGCUGGGAUUCUGCCUGCCCCUCUACCUGCUGUGCCACAGCCGUUACCUCCAGCGCCUCAGAGACGAGCAAGACGAGGAUCCCAAGAUCUACGUCCAGAUCAACAACGGUAGCAAGCCCGAGGCCUUCGUCUAGAGCCGGAGAGAGAGAGAGGGAGAGAGAGAGGGAGAGGGAGAGAGAGAGAGCGGAGAAUUCGACACCAAAAAAGAGAGAAGAAGAAGAAGAAGAAGAGAGGGAGGGGAGAGCAGUGGAGGUCAACUGCCUGUGUGAGACUCAUGAUGAAUACAUUCACUCUGUCCUCCAACGCCUCUCUCAGUUUGUCUGAUGACUCACAAAUCCCUUACAUUCCCCACACACACACACACACACACACACACACACACACCCUCCAUUACACUGCCAUAUUGCCACUUGGCCAAACAUGACUGUGACACCCAGUUUCACCCUCCUUCAUCCGUUGAGUAUACACAGUGAGACAAACAUACACAUCCUCUCCACCCCCCCAA